UAUGUGACUGUGUGUAUACAACUUCUUGUGUUUGCAGACUCGUGCAAGGGGUAUAAUAUACACUGUGUUGUGUGCUUUAUACUCCCCGAUCGCCGUCUCCGGAAGCCCUAAAGCCAUGCAUUCUAAAUGUCCUUCAACUCUCCAAGCCCAACGGCACGAUUGAUCGGCGGCCUCCGCUGCCGCAGCUGUGUGUACUUGCCAUUGAAAUCGUCUCUUCGCGACAUGUCCGUGCCUAUCCGUAUAAUGUCGACCCACACGGUACGUAGCUGUGCUCGGCCAUCGUUCCACGUCGCAGCUGUCGCGGCGACCUUUGCUCGAUCUUCCAGCCGAUCGGUCUAGUUCGGCCGAUCAAGGACAGCUUCUUGCAAGGACACACGGGUAAUUUUUAUUAACUCAAGAAAGAACAAGACUAUGAACAGCGAGCCGCAGCCGGUUUACGUAGCGGCGCCAGCUCGAGUACCCCAAGGUCUGGCGGCGGCGGUCGAGGGACUGACCCGCGAGGUGAUACGCCAGCAGCCCGACAACAUCUACAUGUUCGCCGCGCAGCACUUCGACAAGCUGCUCAGGCUGCGUCAGCAGUACGACAAUUGCGGGGCCGCGGGCAACCAAGCCGCGUCCGGAGUCCGAGGACUGCACGAUCGAUCGCGCGCCGAUCAGGAAGCAGCAGCUACGAUGCAGGCGACGAGCAAGCAGACCCAGACCAAGAGCACCAUGACGAAGAAGAGCUACAUGACCACGACCACGUGCAUGACGACGUCGCGCACCACGACCACCCUCAAGAGCAACAACGGUAACGACGCCUGCACUGCAGCCACGAGACUGUCCAAGAUACCCCAGGCGAGCAGCGGUGGUGGUGGUGGUGGUAGUGGUGGAUACGAGACCACCAAGGAGUACUCGAAGGAGAUGACGUCGCGCAAGUGCACCACGAGCAACAACAAUCAGGCCUGGUCGCUCGACGAGACGGCCAAGGUGCUCGAGCGCCACCGCAGCAUCUUCGGCAUAAGCGGCCAGAAGAUGAGCACCGAGGAGGUGCGCGAGCUCGCCAGCAAAGAGCAGCAGCAGCAGCAACAGUCGCAGCAGCAGCGGGUCGAUCGGCACUACGCCUGCAAGUACGGCGUGCCCCAGCCGAGUCGCGGCCCCAAUACGCAUCAACAGACGUCCUCCAAGGUCGUGUCGCAGGACUACCAGAGCAGCUGCAUCAGGCACUCGCGACACUCGCCGAAGAUCAUCUCGCAGAUACCCCUGGCCAGGGACAUGAAGACGGAGCUGCGGAGAAAUCGCCAGAGAAAUUGCGACGCGCCCCUGGCGACCGCCAGCCACUGCAGGAUCGCCUCGAGCUCGUGCAGUCGCAACGAGGAGCAUCGUCACAAUCAGCAUCAUCAUCAUCAUCAUCACCAUAAUCAUCAUCACGAGCGCAGCGGCCGAGGCCAUCACGGCAGCUGCGAGAGAAUCGAUAGCUGCGGCUCUCGUUGCAGGAAUUACGAGCAGGCGACGAGGCGGCCCUGCAAGCACACGCAGACGUCGAGUAAGAAACAGCAGCAGCCCAACUUUCUCGUGAGGAAUCUAGGCAGCAUGCCGAGUCUGGAAGAGCUGCAGCCACCGAGCUAUUUGCGUCGAGUCCAGCAGGUAGUCGACGAGACGUCGACGCCUCUGCGGCAGAAAAUCGAGGCGUUGAAGGUGAACCAGAGUCAAGGAGGAGGAGGAGGAGGAGGUGGCAGCGGUCGGAUCGGUUCGAUCGAGAGAUCUCUCAGUACCGAGGACGAGCCUUUUCGUUCCGACGGUCUGCAGCUGUUCGAUCGUCAUCGGCACCCCGAGACGAUCGGUAAAGGCACCACCAACGGCAAGAACGUGUUACGCAGGUCGGCCUCGACUCAGAGCCUCGGCCGGAGCAGCAGCAACUACGGUUACCGAUCGGACGAGUCCAAGAUCUCCUUGCCGAUCGUAUCUGCCAGCAACGGCAACGUACACGGCCAACAGCAGCAGUCCGCUGCUCAUCCGAGUGCCGCCACUGCCAGUGCCGCUGCUUCCUCGUUGCAGAGCUCGAGGAGCGUCUCGGCCCACAGCAACAGCGAGGCCGAGAGCCACGCCGACGUCGUCCUGCCGCCGAUCUCCCCCGAGUCGAGCAAGUCCCAGAAAUUACCGGACGAGCAGCUCGUGCUGCCGACACUGCCCACUCCCCAGGGUAGUGGGGGUUCCGACAAGGACAUGGAUAUGGACUUGGACGAGGACGACGACGACGACGAGGAGGAUCGACAAAUCAUGGAGCUGUUGAGGGUCAAUAACGAGGAGGACUUCAAAGACAGCCUGAACGUUACUCCGGAUCCGCGCAGCGUGGCGCCCCAACGGCCGGACUCGCUCGAGACGUCGGAUCUCGAGGAUGACGCGAGGCAGCGCGACAACGAGGCCGAUGAGCCAGCCAGUCCCGUGGACACUCUCAAGGGCAAACUGCUCGAGAUCGAGCAGGUCUCCAAGCGCAUAGAGAGCGUCCUGGUCGAGAACAACAAGAACGAGCUGGCCAGCAACAACGCCAAGAACAAAUUGAUCGACGAUUACGACUCGUCGGCCGAGAAUCUGCUGCUGAACGACGACAUCAAGAAGAAGCUGCUCGAACUGGAGGACGUCGAGCGUCGAAUCGACGGUAUCUUUGUCGCUGGCGGUGGUGGUACCGUGAAAAGUCACAAGGGCUACGUGAUCCAGGACAAAGACAGCGGGGUGCAGGGCUCGGUGGCGAGCGAGCCGAGCUUCGACAAGCGCCAGGAGAGCCACGAGAGCAGCUGUUCCGGCGGCGAGAGCGCUAGAAACGAGGAUGCCGUGUCGCCGAGCUCGUACAUAUUGACCGAGGGCUCGCCCUGCGAUAUACCCGACUCGGUGAUUACCGUCAUAAUUCCCGACAACAGGCCGACUAGCCCAGAUUCGGACGUGUGCACGCAGAUAGAGUACGAUAACCCAGAUUCGCGCCUACGCCAGCAGCAGCGGAAGGAACAGCAGCAGCAGCGUACCGAAAACGAGAGUAGGGCCAACAGCGCCGUAAGCAGCAGCGGCAACGCGUCCGAGCACGUUUUCGGCGAGCUGAUCGAUCAUCGCGGCGAUACGGAGCUGGCCGAGGCGCAGCUGGCCACUACUGGCUCGGAUAUCGAUUUUCUCAGGGCCAUCAAGGCUAAUCACGACGAGCUCGUGGCCCGACAGGAGCUGAGCCUCAUCAGGGAGGAGGACAACAACAGGCCCGACUCGGACGACGAGAAGGUCUUGAGGGUCGUCACGAGCUCGUUGGAGGACAUACUCGAGGACAAGCAGCAGCAGCAGCAGGAGGUGGUGGCGGUGACGACCACGACGACGACGACUACCGCGACAACGACCACGGCUGUCACGACGACGGGAGAGUACGAGUCGACGGACGAGACGAAGGAGAGCAGCAUGACGACCGACGGACUGGUCGAGCGUACCGAGGAAGUCGUGGAGGUCGCGUCGUUGACGACCGGCGGUUCGGUCGAGUCGAGCAACGAGUUCAAGGAGACUUCCGUGACGACCGACCGAUCGAGUCUGUCGUUGGACCCGGCCAUGCCCUACGUGCCCGAGCUCAAUCUCGACUCGUUGCCGGAUCUGACGAGCUCGUCGAUCGUCGCGACGACGACCACCGACGACGACGAGCAAGCUGCCAACGUCUCGCCCGAUACUUUGGAAAAGAGUCCCAGUGACGAUAACGGCGACAACAACGACGACGAGGAACAGGUGGAAAUCGAAGAGUACGAAAAGUUGGAGCAGAGCUUGAAAUCGCCGCCUGCCAUUGAUGAAAGUAACGCAGACGUUAUCCAAGCUUCCGAAGCAGUAGUAAAUAAUAACGUAAACGACGCAACGAUCGUCGUCGCUGUCGAGCAUCGCAAUGCUGCAAAUGACGAAGAAACGACGACGACGACGACGAUGAUCAGCGAAAAUAGACGCACAAGUACGAGCGAUGAUUGUACGACCAGAACAGCAGCUGCAGCGGCAUCAACGACAAUAACAACAGCUACGAUAACGGCAAUGACAAGCGCAGCGGUGGCGGUAACAGCGACGCAACGAAUGCAGCGUGCGGCAACGAGCCAAAACGACGAUGACGAUUUAUCGAGCUCGGCGACUACCGCCGCUGCCACCACUGCCGCAACCGAGAUUGAAAACAACAACAUCUGCAACGAGUCGUCGGAGCGACAGCGGCAAUCGUCGAGUCAACGCACUGCUGCUGCUGCUGCUGCUGUCGAGGAUAUUUCAAUCAAGUCAAAGAUCGAUACGGAGAACGAGCGCGGAGAAUCGUCAUCGGCUCAAUUAGCCGAGGCGACGGGACAAGAAUCGCUGCAGCAGCAGCAGCGGCAGCUCGCGAGCUUAUCAAUCACCGAUACGAGCAGCUUCAUACACGCCGUUACCAAGAUUCAAUCUGGUGUACGAGGCUUUCUGGCUCGCCGCAGAGCUUUCAAGCUGCAACAUCAGCAGCGGCGAAGCGAGUGUCGCAGCUCGACUCUCGAUAGCGUACCAUCGAUCCAGGAAAGCUUCGUGGCCGACGCGAUCGCCGUUGCCACUGCCACCGCCGCCGCGAUCGAGACGUCAUUCGUUGGCAUCGUCGACGAAAUCGACAACAACGCCCCGACGAGCGGAAAUCUGAACAACAACAACAAGGAAAACAACAAGACGUCGAAGAAGAGGCUGACGCGCGAGGACGCGGUCAUGCGCACCACCCUCUCGGUGGAGAACGCCUUCGCCGAGAAUCAGCUGCAGCACACGGGCGAGUUUCACGACUGCAUACCGCUGCCGGUGUUCGGCGCCGACGAUCUCGAUCUCAAGAUCAAACGUCCCUACGCCGCUACGGAUAUUAAUAACGCGCCAACGCCCCCGGCCCACGUCGUCCAGGAGCUUCUGGGAAAACUCCUGCAAGCCGACGCGGCUCUGCUGCUUCACGCCGCGACGACGGCACCCACAGCAGCGAGGCCCGUCGAUCCGCUGCUGCACGCCGGCUAUCUCAACUUCAUCACGAGCGUCGAGGACAUGGGCCACGUCGUUGUCGAGCCCAAGAGUAGCAAGGGCGUCGUCAUCGAGGAGAUCACCGGUACGAGUCUCGACGACGAGCAGAUUCUGCGCCAGCUCGACGAUACCACCGCCAGUAGUCAGGUAUCCAACGAGGAGGACGCGGACUCGUCGUCGAACGUCGUGGCCACUACCUAGGCCGACGAUCGGCUAAUCGAUGCUUGAACCCUUGUAUCUUGUUGUGCAUUGUACACACACCACAUAAUAUGUUCUUUGUAUCAUAGUAUUCUAUUGCUAUACUAGUCAGUCGAUAUAAGCUAUUACUUGAAACUUUUUUUAUGCUUUUGCAAUAUAUUAUAUAAUAUACAUAUGUUGAAUGCGGCGCUGUGUAUACGAAUUCAAUUGAGCUUAAUUGUUCUCCAUAUUGCGAUACGUUGCAAAAUAUCUUAUGUUAUACUUACAUAUAAUAUACAUUCCUUGUCUCUAUUACAUCAUUAUACCAAUGAAUAAUCGUAGAUGAUUGUAAAAAUAUUUUUGAACUUUAUUUUAAUAAAGGAGAAA